AUGCUUGCUCCAUGCGUCCUCCCCUAUACCUUCUGCUUCUUUGUUGGCCAUUCCCUCGCCCUGUCCGCCUUCAAGCCCGUCGACUCCUACCACUUCCUGGUUUUGCUUGGCUACCACAUGCAGAGUAUUUCAGCAAUGCUCGCCCGGGUGGGCAAAUACAAGCUGCUGUAG